GAGGGUGAGGUGGAAGAGCUGUGUGGUUCCUGGUUCUCAGACUGAAAGGUGUUUGCACGUUGUUUGAUGUGGCCUCCGGACUGGCCCACAACUUCCUCCUGCUGGGCCUGCAGUUGUGGAGACGGCCAGUUGCUCAGGGGACUGCUGCAGAGGGACAGCAGAACACGAAGACGGCUGCUCAGAAGGCUUCGGGCUGGGCAGGAGGCUGACCAGAGCUCUCCUCCGUGCUCUGCGCUGGUCUGUGGGGCUUUGACCCAUGGGGAUGAGCUCCAGAGGCUUAGCUCUGGCACCUCCAGCCAAGAACGUGGUGGUGUACCGCAAUGGUGACCCCUUUUUCCAUGGGAAGAAGUUUGUGGUGAACCAGCGGCGGUUCCUGACCUUCGAGGCGUUUCUGAAGGAGGUGACCAGGAGCAUUCACGCGCCCCUGGCUGUGAGGAAUCUCUACACCCCCAGGCACGGCCACCGCAUCACUGAGCUGGGUGACCUGCAGGACGGGCGCCAGUACGUGGCUGCGGGGUUUGAAAAGUUCAAAAGGCUCAACUAUUUAAACCAGGAAAGGAAGGAGCUCCGUGGGACAAAGAACAGCAGUGGUGUGCAGUCCUGCCCCGUAGCUCCCUGGAAGUCAAACAUUGCAGCACGACGGCAGAAGCACGCCCACCUUACGAUACAUGUUUUCCGGAAUGGGGAUUUGCUGAGCCCUCCUUUCCGACUGCUGUUCUCUCAGAGCACCCCGCUGCAGUGGGACACAGUCCUGGCUAUGCUGACAACAAAAGCUGAUCUGCGCAGCGGAGCUGUUAACAGGCUCUGCAGGCUGGAUGGCACGCAGGUGCUUGGCAAGGAGGAGCUGGUGAAUGACGGUUACUACGUGGCUGUGGGAACUGAGGAGUACAAAAAACUGCCUUACUUUGAGCUGCUGGUGCCCCAGAAUUCUGCAUGCAGGACACCACGGAACCAUCCAGAUAGACACAAAAAGUACAGCAGAAAGGAAAGGACUGCAGACACAUCACAAAAGCCCAUGGCAGGGAAAAGGGAAGGCAGCGAGUCUGAGGAUCAUUGAAUGAUGUUUUCCCUUGGCAGCAAUCCUGCUCUGAAGAGCUCACAAAGGGAGGGUGAUGGGAGGACAGUGAGGUACACCGCCAGCUGCACAGCUGCAGAUAACAAAACCGUGCGAGUCUGAGGUCUGUAUAACAUUACAGACUGGCCAAGCUUUCUGAUGAGGUAACAAACUCUUAGCACGCACCCUAAUUAUCUGCUCUUGAGAAAGACUAGCAGUGAACAAUGAACCAGAUGCACAUUUCUAUUAAAAAAAUGAAAAAUGUUCCUCCUUUCCUCA